GACAUAGGGGAAGGGUGGUGGGAGGCCAGGAAUUCACAUGGGGAACAGGGCUUGAUUCCUGAGGCUUAUGUGGAGAUUGAGGUGGACUCUGUACCAGAACCCAACAUUCCCCUCCCUCCACCACCCCCAGGGUUUGAACAGGACAAUGCCUUACAAUAUACCACAGACGCACCCAGGCAGUCCAUGCACCAUAUUCCUUAUCAGGAUACGGGCCAACAGCACAACUAUCAACAACAACAACAACAUCAGCAGCAGCAACAGUACCAACAGCAACAAUAUCAACAACAACAACAAUACCAUCAACAACAACAACAACAACAGCAGCAGCAGUACCAUGACUACAAUCAAGAUAGGAGUAAUAUACCUCAGACCCAGGAAAGCUUUGAUGACUGGGAUGAUGACUGGGAUGAUGAUGAUGAUGCCUCAAGUACCACAACAGAACAGACAGGAGGCCAAGCUGAUGCAGGAUCUUCCAGAAUCAAUCGCCAGUCGGCUGAUCCUUCCAAAUUUGGAACAGUAAAGAAAGGAUUUAACAGAUUUUCCACAUUUGUCAAAACUGGUGGAGAAGCCUUUAUGUUAGGAACAACUUCAGUUGCUAGGGUGCCUGAAAAUGAAAUGGUGAAAAUAAUUGAAACAAGUGAAGGCUUUAUGUGGGAGCCUAACCCACAUCCCUUUACAUGUAAUGUUGCCUCACCAAAGAAGGAGAGCAAGUUUAAAGGGAUGAAAAGUUUUAUUGCAUACCAGAUAACACCUACGUUUAGUGGAAUUCAAGUGAGCAGAAGAUAUAAACAGUUUGAUUGGUUGCAUAAAAGACUGGAGAUUAAAUUCCCAUGUAUUGUGGUCCCACCUUUACCAGACAAGCAGGUCACAGGUCGUUUUGAAGAAGAAUUCAUUCAAGAAAGGAUGCGCCAGUUACAAGAGUGGAUAGAUCGUCUAGUCAAACAUCCUGUAGUUAGCAGGAGUGAAACUUUCAUUCAUUUUCUAACUACCACUGAUGAAAAGGGUACUAAUCGGGUAAGUGGUUCAAUCUGGAAAACACACAUUUAUAAAAAUCCCAGCUUAUUGACAAUAGCAAUACCAUAGUGUGUACAUGCUAUAUAAUGCUGAGGCUGAGUAAUAAGUAUUAGCAUGGCCUUGUGGUCAUUGGGGCAUUUUGAUACAGCUACUGCCUUCAACUUCUAUUCUCCUUUACUCCUUGCCACCCAAAAAUCCAUGGCCGUGCUUUGUCCCAAUCAUUUUUAAUGUAUGUAGUGUGUCAUGAUGCCUUUUGUCUUUCUCUUCCAAAAAUUGAGUUCCAUGCCAUGUUUCACGGAGUACCGCUGUUUCAGAUUUACAUGGCAUGGGUCCAAACCAAUGGAGUUAUCUCUGGCUCGCUAUUCCAUGCCAUGUUGUUCUUAACCAUGUAUUUUUUGUUA